AUGGCUGGCCCGUCGGUGCUUAACUACCACGUCGCGCAUCCCUUCCAGCAGCGCAUCUUCCGCCCGUUCGACGCCAAUCCCACGCCACUACCGUCCAUCCAAAAGGCCGACGAGCUCAAUAUCGACUGCGGCACCUUCGAGGACCUCGUGGCCUACACGCUUGACCACGAGGAGGCCAUGGCCUGUGCAAACGAUACGGCCUUCGACUCCUCGGAGAUGGAGAUCCUGUACGGGUUCCUCGCCGAGCAAGAGGCGACCGUGCACGCCGCCCCGAUCGACGUCGAAGACGACGGUGUCAUCACGCUCAACCUUCUCGACGACACCGAAAUCGACAAGAUGCUUGACAACGAAACGACCGACACGUCCAUCGACAAAAUCCAACUAAUGCCGCCAGCCGGCUACAUCGAGCCCGCGAUUGAAGCGCGCCUUGAAGCCGAAGACUGUCUCUCGGGCAAGAACCGCCGCCUCUGCAAGAUGGAAGGCUGCCAAAAACGCUCCCGCUCGCAUGGCCUCUGCAUCGCCCACGGCGGCGGCCGCCGCUGCGCUGUCGACGGCUGCAACAAGAGCAGCCAGGGCGGCAACCUCUGCAUCAAGCACGGCGGUGGCAAGCGCUGCGAAGUCGAUGGCUGUGAACGCGCCGCGCAAUCCAACAUGCUCUGCAAGGCCCACGGUGGCGGUCCGCGCUGCCUCUUUGAGGGCUGCGACCGCAGUUCACAAGGCAGCGGUUACUGCCGGUCACACGGCGGUGGCAAGCGCUGUCUGUUUGAAGGCUGCGACAAGGGCACUCAGCGCGGCGACUUUUGCGCGCUCCACGGCGGGUCGCGUCUCUGCGGCGUGGCCGGUUGCAUGCGCAACGACCGUGGUGGUGGCUUUUGCGCGACGCACGGUGGCGGCAAGCGCUGUGCCGAGCCUGGUUGUAUAAAGCCAUGCCGCCGCAACGGUCGAUGUUCAGCCCAUUGGCGGCAUGCCGACUAAAUGUGCGCGCAGUUUUCCAUUGAAGUGGUGCAACCUUGAAGCUUUGAGGUUGCUGCCGAUACAUGUUAUGCACUUCGACAUUUUGUACACUAUCUAUAACGGUGAGGCUUAUAGUCCUGCUUGCUGUAUACAGCUAACACGAAAGUCUGCAUCUUAUAUUUUUGCCCCUA